AUGUCUGGGUUCCUGUUCAUCAUUGUGGUAGACUGGAUAAUGAGAAAUACCAACAAUAAGAAGAGAGACAUACGUUGGAAAUUUAUGUCCACUUUAGAAGACCUGGACUAUGCAGACGACCUUGCACUUAUUUCCAGCAAACACAGCGACAUGCAAGAGAAGACCAGGAGAUUACAUGCUGUCCUGGAUUAUACAGGCAUAAAAAUUAAUGUCGAAAAAACAAAAAGCAUGAAAAUAAAUGGGAAGGAGAAGGAUGCAAUCAUGUUGAAUGAUAAAGAAAUAGAAGAGGUCGAAACAUUUCUCAACCUGGGUGCCACAAUGGACAAGACUAGAGGAACUGAGGCAGAUAUUGGGAGAAGGCUAGGCUUAGCCAGGACCGCCUUUGCAUUCCUUGCCCAGAACAAGAUUCAUACCUCAAUCAAGCACCAUCAAAAGAAAAAGAUGGAGAUGGAUAGGCCACAUCCUCCAAAGGGAAGAGAACUUACACGUUACAACAGCUCUCACAUGGGCGCCUGUGGGAAAGAGACGAAGAGGACGGCCAAAGAACACCUAGCGAGGCUCUGUUGA